GACUGUUAUUCCACGGUCCACCUUCUACUCAGGUCACAGGUAUUUUGCUUGUCACUUAACGUCUCAUAUUUUCGUAACAGUCUGGUUCUUGGUAGGACGGAACACCUUCAGUAAUAUUGACCAUGGGCAGGAUAGCAACACACAUUUUGCUAUUCAUAGUGACUACUACUGCAUUAGGUGCAGAAGUUUUAAUACCUAGGAUGCCAUUGCUUUCUGAUAUGAUAAGCAGUGAAGAUGUGCCAGUGUUGAGGACUGUUAAUGAUGUAAGGAACUUCAUAAAAGAUCUAAGAGUUAAAGCAAAUGCUGUGAUGGCAAAUUCAUUUUCAGAACACACCAGGAAAUAUAGAAGUGUUCAACAUAGCCAGUCAUUUGUAGUGAGUGAAUCGAAAGCGUUUAAAUUUGCUGCGAGUGAUGAUAUUAGACAUUACCUGAAGGAAAGUUCUUCAUAUGCAAUCAUCGAGUCUGCAAAUAUUACCUAUAUGGUGUUAAGCACUACAAGAAAUGGCCAUCAAGUCAUAGCUGAAAUAACACAUACUGGGCAGAAGCCGAGUGUGUUAUCAAGUUUUCACCUUUCUCCUGGAACUCAAGAGGUGCUUGAUAAAGUGACGGGGUCAUUAUAUGGAAAUGCGUUAUGGUUAGCUUUUGGCUCAACUUCAUCAAAUUUGGUAAACAUUGUGACUCUUGAUAUAGUCAGUGGAAGAGUGUUUCUUGCACCUAACAUACCUUUACAAGGAUUUGUUAGUGCUCUUUACAUGUUUCAACAUGGAGGUAAACUUUACCUUGUUACUGGUACAACUCAGCAUGGUAUAUCUUCAUCAAGUGGAGCAGUGUUGUAUAUGCUACUAGGAAACUAUUUUGAUGUUAUGGACUCGAUGCCAUUAAAAGCUGAUGAAGUGUCUGAUAUCACUGGUUUUGCUGAUGGAACCAGUUAUUAUCUAGUUUUAGCCUUGAAAUCUAUGGAAGGAACAAAGGUAUAUAGGUUUAGCUCGGACAUGGAAACUUUAAAGUUAAUACAAGAGUUACCAGACAAGGAGACUUUUGAAGUGACUUAUUUCUACAAUCAACAUGAUAAUAGGAAAUGGAUUCUGACCUUGAGCAUUGGGAGCAGCCCAAAGCUGUAUGUAUGGGAAAGGGAACGCUUCUUCUUAUGGCAGUCCUUGUCUUCAAAAACUGUGCUUCCAGAAGAUUCUGUCAGCAUGUUGAAUGUUGAUUCGGAAGUAAUGAUUUUCUUGUCUCAAAAUGGGAAUAUUGGUGUUUUUUUGACUGACCACACUGGACAAUACCAAUUUACAUUUAAUGUGAACACCAACUGUUCAUCAGUCUACAGUUUGGAGACUGCAAAGUCAGUUGAUACAACCAUUGUAUCAUACAUAUGUAUUAAUGAAAAUGGAGCUUCAGAAGGUUACAAGGCAAAUAUACUCAAGUUAAAGCCACUUGUAGGUAAAAGUGAAGACUAUUCCCUUCAGAAAUGCCUGGGUACACUAGCUAAUAAAAUUGAAGAGAGAAAGCAAAAUGUUGAAACUGCAGAAGGGCUUUUACCUUUCAUUAUGACAGCUGAUGGCCCUCAGGAGUGGUCAACUUCAGUUGAUUUUCCUCAUGGGUUACAUGUGUCAGGGACAACUGAAUUCAAAGAUAAGUUGAUUUUACAGGACCACGACAAUGUUCAUAAGGAGUUGUUGUUGCUCAGCUCAGCAUUGGAGGAUGCUGAGGUGUUGGUAAAGGAUAUUCCUGAAAAUAACCGUAAUAUUUUGUUUUAUAAUGGUGAUCAAACUAUUACUGGAUUUAUGAGUGUGCCGUCUGUAACAGUAGAUUUUGCUAACCUCGGGAUUGUGCAGUUCAAAGAGAUGAAAGGUGUGAAUAUAUUAGACUUUCCCAAGAAAUUUCUUAUGAAUGAUGUUUAUCAGAGCAUUGGUAAUGAUUUAAACAUUACAGAAUUGACUGUCCAAAAUUUUAUUGCCCAAGGUGGAACAUCAAAUUUGAAAAUAAACAACAUUUUUAUGGAAGAUUUCAUGAUCAAAACACGUAAGGAUCAAGUUGUUUCUGGAAAGCAUACUUUUGGAGUUGUGUCCAGUGAAAAUUUGAUUAGCAGUAAAGAUUUCUACUCUGCUCCCCUUAUCAACUAUGUCAAAACUACGGAUAUCCUUUUACGAGAUCAAGAUGUGUCCUUUAAUCUACCCAUGAAUCUGAAAUUACUAGAGGUUAAGAGAGCUUUAGAUGUGGAUUUAGUAAAUAAAGUAAGCUUGAGAAGACUAGCAGAUAGAGCAGUGUACAGUGACAUUGAUGAGAAACAUACACUCCCAGGAAGCUAUUUAUUUGAUUAUAUUCAUGUGACGGGCAAUGUGGAUGUUAAAUCUAUAAAUGGUCACAAUUUGCAACUGCUUGAUAUGAAUGUUUUAAAAAAGACUGGAGACUUCACACUUAGAGGAAUCCUUGAAUAUGAAAAUGAUUUGGUUGUUGGGGAUGCUUCAAGUGUCAAUUUCAUCAAUGGUAUUAGUGUGACUGACUUAGUUGACUUAAAGUCUGAAGGAACCGUUCUUGGAGAUUACCACAUUAAAACUGCUGUGGUUUCUGAGGAACUUCUCUGUGAUAGCAUAAAUGGUGUAGAUUUUGGGAGAGAUGUGGUGAUAACAGACAAGGAUCAGGUGAUCAGUGGUCAUAUUGGCUUUGCAAGUGAUGUUUUAGUAUAUGGUGAUAGUGGUGUGUUGAUGGCUGAUGGAACCUGCAUUAAUCACUACGACAUUUCAGAAUUAGAUAGAAAACUGAAGGAUCAGGUUCAAACUAUAUUGAUAAAAGACAGCUCAAAUUUCACAAAUCAUCUGACUGUAUUGCAUGAUGUAAAGGCAAGUAGUAUAAACGACAUUCCUUUGGAAGGAAUAGAAGAAAGGUUUUGGCGACGUUCUGUUCCUCAGAUUAUUGAAGUACCUGUACAACUAGAUGAUGUGGUAUUUAGUGAUUCUGUUUUGGCAGAUAGCAUAAAUAGAAAUGCUAUUUCUGAUUAUCUCAACAUUGACAAACCUCAGACACUGUUUGGUCAUUUUGAUUUCAAGGGUCAUGUAACAGUGAAUGGUAACUUAGAUGUAACAGAGGGACAUACUAUUGGUGGGGUUGAUAUAUCAAACACUGCUAAAAAUACACUAACUCGUACUGGCAACCAUCAUGUAAUGGGUUACACGAUAAUUCAAAAACUUAAAGUUGAUGGUGAUCUGGAAGUUAAAUUCCUUGAUAAGUGGAGAUUUCCAGAUGAUUUGAUGUUCCUAGAUCGACCUCAGACAAUUAAUAACUGGACACUUUUGGGUCAUUCCAAAGCAUCAUCUCUAACGGCUGGCUCUAAGCUUUCUGUGAAAACACUCAGUGGCUUGAAUGUUAAGGUAGCAACCGAUGAGAUAGCUUAUAAAGAUGAAGAUGCUGUAAUCAAUAGCCCAUUAUUAUUUAUAAAGGAUUUAUAUGUUAACGAGGUCUUUGUUAAUGGGAAAAUUGAUGGAAUAGAUCUUAAAGAAGUAUUAUCGAAGGCUUUAAAGAGAUCAUCUGGAACACAGUACAUCACGGGUCCUGUGGUUGUUAGUGAAACCUUGGACUUUCUUGGCAAAGCAGAAUUUUCACAAGUUAAUGACAAGGAUUGGAAUUCUCAUCUUCUUAAUGUUGUGCAAAGGAAUUUUAGUGGGAAGAUUGAUGGAGUCAAGACUUUCCUCCAGCCUAUGGAAGUGAAGAAAAUAUUUGCUCCAGAUAGAAUUAAUAACAUCAGUGUGAUUGAUUUGUAUGAUGUAAUUCUUUCGAAGUCACGUGAUCAGACUGUAACUGGUUAUUAUACAUUUGCAGGAAAUGUUAAUGCAGAUACAGUACAGGGUAAUGCCAUUAAUGGCAUUGAUCUUGGUAAUCUCUUGUUGGUUGACAAACUCGCUGAUACUCAGAUGAAUGUCACUUUCAAAAGCAAUGUGGAAUUUGCUGGAGGCUUAUCUACCAGUACAAAUAUAUUGAAUGGAUGUAAUAUAACUGAGCUGAAUGUUACGAGCUACCCCACCAGCCCAAAUAGGAUAUCAUUCUAUUCACCAAUGAACAAUAAUCGUCUUCACAUCACUGGCAAUGUUACAAUGUAUUCAGGAAUAAGUCUGGGAACAAAGCAGUUUGAUCCAGAGUCCUUCAUUCAUAGUCUUGUUUCAAAGUCAUCAGAUGAGGACAUUUUAGGUAAGGUGACUUUUAGUGAUGAAGUUAUUGUAGAUGAGUUUUUUGUGGAGUCAAGCUAUGGUUUUGGAGUAUCAAGAUUACUGAAUAAUACUGUGAGAGAUGAUGAGGACAUAACUAUUGAUUGCCAGGUUGAUUUCCAGUAUCCAGUUGACACAGAGAGAUUGACUGUCUCAGAUUCAGUCAAGGGCCUUGAUAGUAAGGGAUUUCUGGUAAAUGGAAUGAAUUUAUCAAGGGUCCUUUCAAAUUCUGUUAGACCAAUAAAUGGUACCUAUCUUGUGCAAGGAAAUGUCAACUUUACGAAAGGAUUUAGAACAAGUAAUCUUAGUGUUACAGGCAACAUUGGUAAUAUAAGGAUUUCAGAUUUAGUUAAUAUGCUGCAAACUGACAGAUUUGCAGAUGUGCACUUUUUGUCUCCGAUCUACAUUAAAGAAAAUCUGCAGGUGCAUGGUCUUAUUGAUGGCCAUAAUUUAGAUAGAGAGAUGAACAACAGGAUAGCCCUUUCCUCAAGUGAUACUGUUCUAGGAGACUUUACAUUUGAUAAAUUGAUAAUUAAAGGCGAUUUAGAAGUGUCAAACAUCAAUGACAUCCAAAUAGCCGAUCUUGUGGUUAAAUCAGGACGAUCAUCUCAAGAAAUUACUGGUCAAAAGACCUUUAACCACUUGAAUGUGAAUGGUAAUAUUGAAGCCCCUAUUGUGGAUGGGAUAGAUUUUGAAGAAUUUCAAAAUCGAAUCAUAAGAAAAGAUCAAGAUAAGACAUUUACUUUGCCCGUGACUUUUAUGAAAGAGGUUCGUGCUGCUCACGUGAUUGGUUCCCCAGGUGAGAAGCAGUUGGAGAAUGUGGCGCACCACAUGAAGUCAGUCAGUGAAUCAUUCGUAGAUCAUAGGGAAAGGAUUCACAAUCUCUAUUCUUCUAUUUAUGCAGAGAAUAAAAAAAAUUAUUUAUAUGCCCAGUCUAUGUUUUGUGAAUUGGCUUUCAUAGAAAAACUGAAUUAUCAAAAUCCAGAUAGAAUUGGAGAACUUGAGUUUGUCAAUGCCUUUGGUAAUUACCUCAUAAUUAGAAGCUGCUUUAGUUUACUGUGUCCUGGAGAAUCUGUAACAAGUUCACAUGAGAUUUAUGACAGUGGAAAUAUAGAGAUUAUCCCAACUGAAGAGACAUCAGGCUCACGUUUUGUGCUAACUGACCCUUCAGCUGAUAUUUUUGUAACCAUUGAUGUUACGUAA